AUGCGUAACAUUAAUUUGCAUUACCAUUUGGCUUCAUCGUCUUUCACAACGGACUCAAAAUCCGAAUCAUCACCUGCCCAUGCACAGUUUCAUGGUAUACUCUUUGGAUCUAUUUUUGGCGGACUAUCGGUUAUUGUCUUUAGUUGUUGGAUCUACUGGAGAUUCUGGAGGCACCAGAAGUUGCCAAGAUCGAAAGUCGGCUCCACAGCUGGUGAUGAAAAUGGUCACGAGAAGGCUCAAUUGCAUUCGGAAUGUCUACGACCCAAGGAACCUCAAGAAAUUGACGGAUCGCCAAAUGGUCCAGUAGCAGAAUUACCAGCUGUAGAGCCUGUGGGUGCAGAGUUGCUAGGUAAUGUUAGUUCUACCGAGCAAGGUUGA